GCAGAUAAAUUGCUAUAUAUUAUCAGAAUAUCGAGUAACUCAAUUUUAUAACAUUCCAAAUGUCUACUAGAAAGAUUACAAAGUUGAAUAUAGAACAUACACAAUUCCCUGAAGGCAUCGGACCAACCCACAAUGCCGUUCCGUUAAAGGAACAGUCCACUCCAAUAAACAUAGGGGUGUUGUUUUGCAAUCGAUAUAUAGUUUUAAUUAUUUAAAUCACGUCGCAGCAUUCUUUAAUACUUGUUUAGUGGUAAACGUAUUCAAAUUCAAGAAUGUAAUCUCUUGUAUAUGUAACAAGUUUUGUAACAGUUGAGGUGAUACAGUUGAGGUGAGGUUGUCAUUGAUCCUCCCCUACGAAAGUAACGAUAAUACUAACUACCACAAUUGUAGCAGCGCAGCCAGUCAAUGUCACGUUUGUGUUUUGUGCCUUCAAUGUUAUCCGACCAAUUAGUCUAAACAAGUUCAAUAUGUUUAAAUUAUGUUGUUUAUUCGUUAACUCUUUGGGUAGGGUGUGCCGCCAUGUUGCUGCCCCUCUCGCUGCAAACGAAGCCUCAUUGAGGACGUUAUGUAGCAGCGCUGUCAGACUUCAGGAGGCAGCAUCUUCCAGCAAAGACGCCACAGAAAGCUCCCGACAGUUUAGCCAUUUGCCGCCACUGCCCGGCCAGGACAGUCCUCUCAGGUGGGCCGGGAAGAAGUUUGAGGAGUUACCCAUUGUGCACAUUAAAGCCACGUACAACAACGUACUUAUCCAGCUGACAGACUGCAACGGCCAGUCCAUGGUGAGGACUUCCUGCGGGACAGAAGGCUUCAAAAACAGAAGGAAGGCCACGCCCGUCGCCGCUCAGACCACCGGCAUCUCCACCGCAUCUAAAGCCGCAGCCAAGGGAGUGACGUUUGUUCGCGUGGUGGUUAAAGGUCUCGGCCCAGGACGUGUGUCUGCCAUCCAAGGUUUAACCAUGGGGGGCCUGGAGGUGGUCUCCAUCACCGACAACACCCCCGUGCCGCACAACGGAUGCCGACCUCGCAAAGCCAGGAGGAUGUGAUGAUGAUGGUGAUAUUAUUGAUCAAUAAACUUGUAGAGUCAAUGCCGUGAUGUCACUUGU